CCUCACUCUUUUCAGUUCCCUAUAAUGUGCCCCCGUCUCUGCAACUCUGCAAUGCCUAUUAAGCUGAAGCCUUCAAGAACUGACCAUGGACAAUCUUGGGUAAUGACUCAAUUAUAUGGCUUAAUCGCAGAUAAUUUCUCCAUAAUACUGAGAAUUGGUGCAGUUGCUAAACUGAGGCUCAGAAGCUGCAUGUGCCAUUGCCCUCAGCAAUAAUCUGUUCAAGGUGAAUUAAGGAGCAACGAAAAUAAGAGGCUGCAGGAGCAUCAACAAUGGUGUUCGUUUCCAGUAGUAACCCCCACAACAAGGAGAUAUCGAUUAGGAGAAGAAUUUCCAGCAUAUUUAAUAAGCGAGAAGACGAUUUUCCAUCCCUGAUAAAAUACAAUGAUUACCUGGAGGAAGUGGAGGACAUGACGUUCAACUUGAUUGAAGGAAUAGAUGUUCCUGCUAUUGAAGCAAAAAUUGCAAAGUACAUGGAAGAAAAUUCUGAGCAAAUAAUGAUUAAUCGAGCCAGGAAGGCUGAAGAACUAGCGGCAGCUGUAGCAGCAAGCAAGGGGAUUCCUGCCCAAACUGAAACUGAUAGGGACCCUGCCUCAGGCUCACAAGGGGGCUUCAGUAUCACUGCACCGGGGCAAUACGCCCCCACAAUUGCUGGAGGGCAGCCACGUCCCACUGGCAUACCUCCUCAACCAGUAACUGUUGGAGGGGGGCUAGACAUGCAAGGUUUCGAUGAUGAACAAAUGAUGAAGCUCCGAGCAGAGAGGGGUGGAAGGGCAGGUGGAUGGAGCAUAGAAUUAAGCAAGAAGAGGUCACUUGAUGAAGCCUUUGCAAGCUUGUGGGUUUGACAUGACUGCCGACAGCAGCUUUUAUCUAACAUUUUUCUCCAGGAUUCGGACAUCUGAGCUAUGUAAACUGAGUGUUGAGAGAUCUAUUUAAAUGGCGCUAAACAGGCAUGACCUAGACUCUGCCUUGGUGCCUUCGAUACCAAAUGAGACGUUUAUUUAAUUCCUAAUGUAUUAUGAUUAUGAUUACAAGGGACUUACAUACUCACCUUUCUAAACCCUAUUAGUAAGUACUUAGAUUCCUUAUAGGAAUAGACAUA